GAAUGUUGCUUCGCAGUUGCGCACUAGGCUCCAUCGGUGACGGAUGUCAGUAUCUACGAUAGUGGUUUUAUAAAACAAAUUGUGCAGUAUUGAAAUAAUAAUGGAAGGAAAACACGAUAUGUUUACAAAAGUGUGUGAUAGAAAGGACAUAGUGGACUUUGUGAAGGAAGUUGAGAAACAUCCGUGUUUAUACAACAAAACUUUACCGGAAUAUGCAAAUAAAGUGCAUAAUCGUCGAGCAUGGGCGAUUAUAGCGAAGAAGGCGAAUACAUCAAUACCAGACUGUCGCGACAAAUGGAGGAAGAUAAGGAUUUCUUUCAUGAGGUCUCUAAAGCAGCAGAUCAGCGACAAACCACCAAUGAGACCUUACUACCUAACAGAUGAACUGCAUUUCCUAUACCCAUUCUUAAACAUAAAGGUUAAGACUAAUGAAUCGCCUAAACCCGACGAAGGCAAUGAAAAAAUGCAGCUUGAAAACACAUCUGCAGAAAAACAGGACAAUUCUGACAGCGAUUGUUCCAAUUACGAAGAUCCAAUGAAACAGAAUGCAGAAAUGAAUAGAGUAUCUAUGAAUCACAACACAAUGCCAAUGAUCACAAAUAUUAGAACAGAGGAGUCUAUGGAGCCGAAUAAGUACAGUGGAAUUGUAAAUUACAAUUAUAUUGAGGGGAAACCCCGUAAAAUGUUUUUGCUCUCAAUGUUGCCAGAUGUGGAAGCUUUGACUGAACCUGAAAUGAGAAUAUUUAGGCGUGAAGUAAUAUCGGUAAUAGACAAAAUAAUACGUAGUCGUAAUAUACGAAAUUAAUUUUUUUUUACUAUUUAUUUAAAAAAAUUUUUUUGGCGACCGUGAUUGGUUGUCUGUGAUAAAUCUUGGACUCGAUUAUCGAGUCGGAAGUUAUUAAUCGGGAUAUUCGGUAAAGAAAUCCUUGCAUACCACUUGGUAUUGAAAUUGUAAUCACCUUUUGUAGCGGUGAAAGAAAAAAAAAAACAAUUAAACCUGAUUGUAAGAUCUCUGUUUAGCCCUUUAGGUAUACAAAAACGGGCGUGAUGAUGUGACGUAGAAUAUAAUUUGAUUGUGAAGUUCCAUUUUUAUUGUUUUUGUUUUUAAAUUAAAAAGUAAACAUUCUACAAUAAAUAAAAAUAAAAAAUUUGGCAAAAUAA